GAAAAGAAGGAAGAGAGAGUUUCCGUUUUGUUUGGCUUUGCAAGCACAGCAAGCUUGAAUGCCAGUCUGUCAUCUCUACAUACAAUUAUGUAUGUAUCUAUGUAUUUGUCUAUUACUAUAAAUACGUCUCUGGUUGUAUGUAUGAUCCUCUCUCUUCGACUUUGGCCGAUUGGCUCUGUAUCGCACCUGGUUUUGUUGAGAGAGAGAGAGGGAGAGAUUUGAAAUUUGAAGCCCCCUUGGCUUUGAAGUCAUGAGUCUCUUCGGCCUCGGUAGCAGAAACCAGAAGACAUUUCGCCCUAAGAAGAAUACGCCAUCUGGAAGUAAGGGGGCUCAACUUCAAAGGCACAUUGAUGCAACUUUGGGCAGUGGGAAUCUGAGGGAGGCUGUACGACUACCUCCAGGAGAAGACAUCAACGAAUGGCUAGCUGUGAACACGGUUGAUUUCUUCAACCAAGUGAACCUUCUGUUUGGCACUCUUACUGAAUUCUGCACACCAUCCAACUGUCCAACAAUGACAGCAGGGGCGAAAUACGAGUAUAGAUGGGCUGAUGGAGUUACUAUCAAGAAACCAAUAGAGGUAUCUGCUCCAAAGUAUGUUGAGUAUUUAAUGGACUGGAUUGAAGUUCAGCUAGAUGAUGAGUCUAUUUUUCCACAGAAGUUAGGGGUACCCUUUCCAGCGAAUUUCAUAGAUGUUGUCAAGACAAUAUUUAAACGAUUGUUCCGUGUCUAUGCUCACAUAUAUCACUCACAUUUUCAGAAGAUUGUGAGUCUGAAGGAAGAAGCUCAUCUGAAUACCUGCUUCAAACAUUUUGUUCUCUUUACAUGGGAAUUCCGCUUGAUAGAUAAGGGGGAACUUGCUCCUCUCUACGACCUUGUCGAGUCUAUUUUGCAACUAUAACUCCAUUUGAACGUUAAUAUUCUUUUGUAAGGGAGCAAUUUUGGUUUUGUUUGGGCAUAUAUAUUGUUUUGGGCUCUCCUCUUUGUCCAUUUAAUUUCUUUGUUGAAUGAGAUUGCUUCAGCAUCUUGUCUUUC